AUGCCUGCUACGAAACCACGAAAUGCUUCACCAGCGACCAAUACGCUCAGCCGCCGUGCCUUUUCAACUCAAUGUGUCACCUGUCCGCCAUUAGAGCCAUGUCCAGUUUGUCCAAAAGGUCAAGUAUGUCAAUUAGCCUUACCACCUUCAUGUGCACAAUGUCCAAAGUACAAUUGUAUACCUGAUCCCGAUGCAAAUCAUUCAAGCUCAGCCGGACCAAUUGGAGGAGCAGUAGGUGGUGUCUUGUUAGCAUUCGUUUUAGCAGGUUUCUUGUUUUGGUCUUGGAGAAGACGUCAUCAAAGAGCAAAAGCUGCACUUCGUAAAGCCCGUGUUGACGCAAAGAUUCGAGCAGCAGGUGCGGAAAAGUUUAGACCUGGUGCAAGUAAAUCGAACUUGAUCGGCAUGCAAGAUGAUGGUGAAAAGAGUCAACAUUCAAGUGCAAGAGGAGAUGGAGCAAAAAGUCCUUCUACCAAUGCUGCUGCUGUCAAUAACAAAGGACGCAAAACACCUAGUUCCACAGAUGGAAAAGAAGGAGAGGAAGAUUUAGAUGAUGAAGAUGUUGAAUGGACAGAAUUACGUGAAGAUGGUUUGACCGCAUUCCGAGCAAAGCCAGGUCAAAAAGGCGAAGUUGAACAAGACUUAGCAGCCCUUAAACGGAGAAGUAUAGGUGCAGCAACCCAUCUUUCUCGGAUCACAGAAGGUGCUGAAGAUGAAGAAGACGAUGAAAAAGAAUACCGGAGACGAUCGCGAGUGUACGACACUAUUAUGGAAGAGGCCAAUCUAGGCGGUUCGGAUGAGAACGAUUUCCGUGGUGGUGAAGGUCACGUUCGUGCUCAUUCAUCGGGUGCAUCUGUUGGUAAUGAAAUGAAUAAACCGAGAUCCCGCAAGUCAGGGCUCGGCCGUGCUUCAAACCCCUUCUUGGACGCAUACGAUGUGUCCAGUAUUAUGAGCGGCACUUCUUCUCAGAAUAUGUUACAAGAACAAACUGCCGGAAGCUCUAAUCUCGAACAUACGAAUUGGCACCUACAAACUCCUCUUGAGGCUCCUUCGCGUGUUCAUCGUCCUAUAGGAGCUCCAUUGGUUGAUCUGCAGGGUAAGCCGAAGCAGCUCUCGCCUUCAGCCGCUUCUUCUUCUUCUCGAGGGGGAGGCUCACCUAUCGCUCAAUUACUUUCACCUUCGCCCAGUGCUAAUUCGAGCAUGCAUGGUUCGGCACCCAGCCGUCCUAUGCGAAAGCCCGAUUUAAAUCUCCGUUUGGAGGAUGGGGUCGAACCAGGAAAGAUAGGAGAAGAUUUACGCAAAACACCAAGAUCUCCUGGCUUGUAUUCGAAUGAUGCAAAUAGCGAGCGUGGAUUGCUCAGUCCGGCAGCUCCUUCAUCUCCUAUCUCUUUACGAUUCGAUAGCCGUCGUAAUACGAUGGACAGCAGGAAAACGCAAGAUUUCCCCGCUGAAUUGGCAAAGAGUCCUGCAUACAACAAAGAGAUAAACAAAUUCGACAGACGAAACAGCACAAUGACGACAAAUACAGUCAGUACUGUUGGCACAUUUGAUUAUGUUAUGAGUGCACCUCAGAUUGUCACCCCUGCCAAUACGCAAGGACCUAAACGAAUGCAAUUAAACACUGGAAAAGCACACCUUGUUCGCAGUUUGAGCGCAAUAAGGAGAGAACAAGAAGAGCAAAAAGCAAAUCGAGCACAAAUGAGUGAAAUUGAUUCAAAUUCAUACCUCGGUACAGAAUCACACACUGAAGAUCCAUUCAGCGAUGUUCAGGGUACGUCUACUCCACAAACACGAAGAAGUCCAAGUCCUGCCAAUACAUUCGGACGUGAAUUAGCCUCUCCAGCCGCAAGUUUGUCUACCUUGGACGCCAGUACCAUGCCACCUUUUGCUUAUCGUGGAUUCCAAGCAAGUAGACCUCAAAGUACGAUGAGCGGUGCCAGUUUGCCAUUUGUUGAUCGACCUUUGUUCGAGCCAACUGAUAGAUCGCCAACGGAUGCACAUCCAAGAGAAAGUAUAGCAACUUUAGGCUCACAAAGAGAAACACUCUUACCUUUGAGAGCGUCAGGAAUGUCAGGUCGACCACUUACCAAUGUUUCUCGUCAAUCAGCGGCAAGUAUUGGCGGAUUGAGUGUUUUCGAUGAAAUUCCAUUCCAUAUCGGAGCAGAAGAUGUGGCUAGCAGUAAUGGACAUGGAGGAGGUGAUAGUAGCACCCAACAUACCAGCCUCAGUCAGCACGUGAAUAUCGAGAUGCCACAAGAUGCCCAUUCAAAAAUUCAUGAAGCUAAACAAAGGAUUGCCAGUCAAGCAUCAUCUCAUCAUACGGUCGAAAUGGGCGAUGAUGAUGAAUCGUCACCGUUCGGAGAUCAUAAUGCUUCUUCUGACCCAAGAGAUCAAGCAGGUUCCGAUAUCAUGGAAGAUUUAAGAUCGGUCAACAAUGAUGAUCAAUUACGCGAUGUAGAGGAGGAUGAAGUUGAUGAUUUGGAUAGCCUUUCGAUCAAUAGCGCGAUCAGAAAAGAAGCUCCUUUACGAACGGGCACAAAUCCAGAAUUUGAUCAGAUUCGUCUGAGACAUGAAUUGGAUAAUUAUCCGUUCAACGUUGAAGCUUCUUCUUCCAAAUCGUGA